CGCGGCGGCCGGCCCGGCCGGGGGCGGGCGGGAAGGUGGCGCCUCGGGCGGAGGCCGGUCCCUGCACCAGGUGACCUGUUCCGGCCCGUAUCCGGGCGGCCUCGCCAUGCAGCGGCGCGGCGCGGGGCUCGGGUGGCCGCGGCAGCAGCAGCAACAACCCCCGCCGCCCGCGGUCGGCCCCCGGGCCGCAGCCAUGGCCCCCCCGAGUGGCGGCGUCCCCCCGGGCCUCGGCGGCCGCCCUGCCUGCGCGCUGUUCCUACUCUGCUACCUGAAUUUUGUGCCGUCUUUGGGCAGGCAGACUUCCCUGACUACGUCGGUGAUACCCAAAGCUGAGCGGAGCCUGGCUUACAAAGACUUUAUUUAUUUCACUGUCUUUGAAGGAAACGUUCGCAACGUUUCUGAAGUCUCGGUCGAGUACUUAUGCUCUCAGCCUUGUGUCGUCAAUUUGGAAGCAGUCGUUUCUUCUGAGUUCAGAAGCAGCAUUCCCGUGUACAAAAAGAGGUGGAAGAAUGAGAAACACCUUCACACCAGCAGGAGACAAAUAGUACACGUGAAAUUUCCGAGCAUCAUGGUUUACAGAGAUGAUUAUUUCAUCAGAUAUUCCAUUUCGGUGUCCGCGGUGGUACUACGCGCCUGGAUUACUCACAAAUAUAGUGGUGGAGACUUAAAUGUUAAAUGGGAGGAAAACUUGCUAUACGCCGUGGCGACGAAUUAUACUCUGCUGACUACCGUCCCGCCUUUUGAACGCCCUUUCAAAGAUCAUCAAGUGUGCCUUGAGUGGAACACAGAUUAUAUUUGGAACCUUCGAGCAAACAAGAUUCCCCAGUGUCCUCUUGAAAAUGAUGUGGUCACCCUCCUGGGCUUUCUCUAUGCUUCCAGUGGAGAAAACACAGGCAUUGUGAAGAAGUUCCCGAGGUUUCUGAACCGAGAGCUGGAAGCCACCCGACGCCAGCGGAUAGAUUACCCAGUGUUUACUGUUUCAUUGUGGCUUUAUUUACUCCAUUAUUGCAAGGCCAAUCUCUGUGGAAUUCUGUACUUUGUUGAUUCUAAUGAGAUGUACGGCACACCCUCUGUAUUUCUUACCGAAGAGGGCCACUUGCAUAUUCAAAUGCAUCUAGACAAAGGAGAAGACCUCGCUGUAAAAACUAAAUUCACCGUACCUUUGAAGGAGUGGUUUAGACUGGAUAUCUCUUUUAACGGAGGCCAGAUAGCAGUGACCACCAGCAUUGGACAGGAUUUGAAAAGUUACCAUAAUCAGACCAUUAGCUUCCGGGAGGAUUUCUAUUAUAAUGACACCGAUGGGUAUUUCAUUGUUGGAGGGAGCAGGUAUGUGGCCGGCAUUGAAGGGUUUUUCGGACCCCUGAAGUACUACCGCCUCCGCUCUCUGCACCCUGCGCAGAUUUCUAAUCCCCUCCUUGAGAAGCAACUUGCUGAACAAAUCAAGUUAUAUUAUGAAAGAUGUGCAGAAGUUCAAGAAAUAGUGUCUGUGUAUGCAUCCACGGUACAGCAAGGGGGCCGGAGACAAGAAGCAUGUGACCUCCAGAACUCCUACCUGGACCUGAAGCGCAGGUAUGGGAGCCCGUCGACGUGCAGAGCCUUCCCCUGGGAGAGGGAGCUGAAAGAGAAGCACCCCAGCUUGUUCCAGGCCUUGCUGGAGAUGGAGUCGUUGACUGUGUCAAGGAACCAGAAUGAAUUUGUAUUAGAAAUCGGUGGGAGGAUAUUUGAGAAAGCUGUAAGGAGUCUCUCCAGCGUUGAUGGUCUUCACCAAAUUAGCUCUGUCAUCCCCUUUUUGAUGGAUUCCAGCUGCUGUGGAUACCAUAAAGCAUCCUACUACCUCGCAGUCUUUUAUGAAACUGGAUUAAAUGUACCUCGGGAUCAGCAGCAGGGCAUGUUGUAUAGUUUGGUUGGAGGCCAGGGCAGUGAGAGACUGUCCUCAAUGAAUCUUGGCUACAAACACUACCAGGGUAUUGAUAACUACCCCCUGGACUGGGAGCUGUCCUACGCCUACUACAGCAACAUUGCCACCAAGACGCCCCUUGACCAGCACACGCUACAAGGAGAUCAGGCAUAUGUUGAAACAAUUAGACUAAAAGAUGAUGAAACACUCAAGGUACAAACGAAAGAAGACGGAGACGUCUUUAUGUGGUUGAAGCAUGAAGCUACCCGAGGCAAUGCGGCAGCUCAGCAACGACUGGCCCAGAUGCUGUUCUGGGGCCAGCAAGGUGUGGCCAAGAAUCCGGAAGCGGCGAUUGAGUGGUACGCCAAGGGCGCCCUGGAGACCGAGGACCCGGCGUUAAUCUACGACUAUGCCAUUGUGUUAUUCAAGGGUCAAGGAGUAAAAAAGAACAGACAGCUUGCGUUAGAGCUGAUGAAGAAAGCCGCUUCCAAGGGAUUGCAUCAGGCAGUCAAUGGCCUGGGAUGGUAUUACCACAAGUUCAAGAAAAAUUAUGCGAAAGCAGCACAAUACUGGUUAAAAGCAGAAGAAAUGGGGAACCCAGAUGCAUCAUACAAUCUUGGAGUCCUGUAUCUGGAUGGUAUUUUCCCAGGAGUUCCUGGAAGGAAUCAAACUUUAGCUGGUGAAUAUUUCCAUAAGGCUGCACAAGGGGGACACAUCGAAGGAACCUUGUGGUGUUCCCUCUACUAUAUCACAGGCAACCUGGAGACGUUCCCUAGAGAUCCCGAGAAGGCUGUUGUAUGGGCAAAGCACGUAGCUGAGAAAAAUGGCUACUUGGGCCAUGUCAUUCGCAAAGGCCUCAAUGCCUACCUGGAGGGCUCAUGGCACGAAGCUUUGCUGUAUUAUGUUUUAGCAGCAGAAACUGGAAUUGAAGUGUCACAGACAAAUUUAGCACACAUCUGUGAGGAGCGCCCAGACCUGGCCAAGGCAUACCUGGGUGUUAAUUGCGUUUGGAGAUACUAUAAUUUCUCUGUUUUUCAAAUCGAUGCUCCUUCAUUUGCAUAUUUGAAAAUGGGAGACCUUUACUACUAUGGCCACCAAAACCAGUCACAAGACCUUGAGUUGUCCGUGCAGAUGUAUGCCCAAGCAGCACUGGACGGAGACUCACAGGGAUUUUUUAACCUGGCCCUGCUAGUUGAGGAAGGUGCUAUAAUCCCACAUCAUAUUUUGGAUUUCUUGGAAAUUGACCCAACUAUCCAUUCUAAUAACAUCUCCAUCCUGCAGGAACUAUACGAAAGGUGCUGGAACCACAGUACUGAGGAGUCCUUCAGCCCCUGCGCCCUGGCCUGGCUUUACCUUCACCUACGGCUUAUCUGGGGCGCCAUCCUGCACUCUGCCCUGAUCUAUUUUCUGGGAACCUUCCUGCUGUCCAUAUUGAUCGCCCGGACCGUGCAGUAUUUCCAGUCUGUCUCAGCCACCAGUUCCCGUCCGACACCAGCCCGGGCUUCCCCAGACUCCACCGCUCCCAUUGCAAGUCCAGCUGUGACUCCAGCUGCAGAUGCCUCCGCUCAGGACCAGCCCACGGUCACUAAUAACCCGGAGCCUCGUGGGUGAACUAUGCACUCCAGGUCUCUCCAGAUGAGAGACAAUCCUUUCAACGGCUGGUAUUGGGAAGCUGGGGCCACGGCAACAUACUGAUAAACACCUUAAAUGUCUUGUCAACUGGAUGCAAAUUUU